GCUGCCUUCUGAUUUGACUGUUGCCACCAGCAUCUUCACCAUCCUCCCACAGCGCAACGCUGUAUCUGUACCACAACACAAAGGGGCCGUAAUGUCAGCGACGAACGAGCUAAGAGCAUCUCCUCGAGAGUACUGAAUCUGUUUAUGGAUUUAAUGAUGAUGAAAAAGAAGAAAUUCAAGUUUAAGGUGGACUUCGAGCUGGACGAGCUCUCGUCGGUCCCCUUCGUCAACGGUGUCCUUUUUUGUAAAGUCAGGCUGCUGGACGGCGGCUUCUCCGAGGAGUCUUCACGGGAGGCAGUGCAGGCCAACUGUGUUCGAUGGAGGAAGCGGUUCUCCUUCCCCUGCAAGAUGAGUGCCAACGCAGGGACCGGGGUGCUGGACCCUUGUGUGUGCCGUGUGUCCGUCAGAAAGGAGCUGAAAGGUGGGAAGGCGUAUGCAAAGCUUGGUUUUGCAGAUCUGAAUUUAGCAGAGUUUGCCGGCUCAGGGAAUACAACUCGCAGAUGUCUGCUGGAAGGCUACGAUACCAAAAAUACCCGCCAGGACAACUCCAUUCUCAAGGUCAUCAUCAGUACACAGCUCAUGUCAGGGGAUCCCUGCUUUAAAACGCCUCCUUCCACAGCCACAGUGAUCGGCAUCCAGGGGGAUGGAGAGAGCCUGCUGGAGGAGAGGAGGGGGGGGGACUCCCAGAAAGGCUGUUCUGCAGACAGUCGAGAGGGGAAGUGUCCCGUUGUUUCUGAUGAACUUGGGGGGUUCGGCCACUCCCGAACAUCCAGCUACGCCAGCCAACAGUCCAAACUCUCAGGGUACAGCACAGGUCACUCGCGCUCCUCCAGCAUGUCGGAGUUCAGCCACCGGAGAAACCAUUCAGUCGGCAGCGCCUCAACGGGCAUCGGCAGCCUCCCAGAGCCCAGCGAGGACCGGGACUGCAGACCCUGCCCUGCUCUGCCCGAGCACCCGGUGCCCGACGCCACCUCCAGAGACCCGGCGGGGACACCAGUACGCAGCGCCUCGUCCUGUGAACGACUCAACAGACACCCUGUGAAGCAGGACUCCAUGGAGUCUCAGCUAAAGAGAAUGGACGACACGCGGGUGGAUGCCGACGACGUCGUAGAAAAGAUUCUCCAGAGUCAGGACUUCACACCAAGCCUGCUGGACUCCAGUGCUGAAGAGGAAGGCUUGCGCCUGUUUGUCGGCCCCGGGGGGAGCACGGCCCUCGGAAGCCAUCACCUUCCCACCAGGGUUGGCGCUGGAGCGUACGAGCAGGUGGUGAUAAAGCGUUAGACCUGCAGCCUGCCAGAGGUUACAGCAAACAACUGGAGGCAAGGCUGUCGGUGUCCAUUUCAAGCUGCAUUCCUGCAGCGCGCACACACACAAACACACACACACACACACACACACACACACACACUACCUGAUCAGCACCCUGUCUGACCUUACAACAGAGCCCUCCUCUGUUCAAAUGUCCUAUAGGACGCUGUAGCUCCCUAAUAGAGGGGUAAACACACACAAAUGAUGGGAAAACUGUCACUGUCCAGAUGGUUAAAAACACAUUAACUUGUAAGUAACUGAAACGGUCCGCUCCUCAUUUCCUGGGUCUAUAUUAUCCUCGUCUGUUUAAGAUCAACUCGUUUGAAGCGGUUUUGGAGCUGCGGGAAAAGGGUGACUCGUUCUCUCUGAGGGAGGGCAGGGACGGGCUCCGCGUGUGCGUCACCAGGACACACUGAAGAGGAGCAUGCUUUCAAUACAUUCCUUUAGGCUCUCAGUGUUUGUUUUAGACUUCUUUAGGAAGGAUGUUCUUUUUAAUAUUUGUCCAAGCUGCUAAAAACAUUGCAGUUGUUGGCACUCUGACAACCGUCAGCGUUGUGAAGUUGAGAAUGUUUUAUUACGAAGUCGAGGCCUCAGACUCGCGCCUUUUGCAGCCUGUGAGUGAAUGUGUGUAGGUGUGUGUUUGUCUGCUUUGUGGCUAGACAACUUUAAGCUGUUCACCCUGGAUGAGUGGAGGCAUGUGACAUGUUCUCUCGUAAGGAAUGCGUUAUUGCUCCUUGCAACCAGAAAAUGGGAGGACGUGACAAUUUGCUUAAUCGUCAACAUAAGACCGUGACCUCAUUUGUUUGUUUGGAAUACUGUGCUGUGCUUUUUUUUUAAGGAAAAUUGCAGUUGCAGCAUAUUUGUUCAAAACUGAAUUUUUCUUUCCAUCUUUUUAAUAUGAACUGACAUCUUGGUAAUGCAGUUUAAUUCAAUUGACUCCUUAACGGAUCUUCGUGGCCUCAAUCUUUUCUUUCAAAAUCUAGUGACUAAGCUUGAAAUCACACGUUUAAGUGGUGAAUUAUAUUGAUUUUUACAAAAAAUAUAUUAGACACCCAACAAAACAUUUAAGUCCUAUAAUCUAAAGACAAUUAAUUGAAAGUUUAUUUUUGUAAAUCUGAAAAAAAAAAAACACAUUUAUCCAAACGCAGUAGCUAAAAAAAGCUGUCUCUUUAUGGCAAUUAUUUUUUGGGGUUAAGAACACCUAAAAAGAACAAAUAACAUAACUACCGUCUGCCUUUGUAUAUCAGUAACUAGAAAAGGGGAUCCCAUGAUAAAUAUUACUGUAGAGGGGCAUAUAUAUAUAUAUAUAUAUAUAUAUAUAUAUAUAUCUCUAAUGCUCAGCUAUGUAUACGUUGUUUACCAAUGCUUUGCAACUUCACUAGGUCGUUCUGAGCUGGCCUGUUGUCCAGGAAGCUGACGUCCGUGAGCAAAUGAACGGUCCUGUGACGCAAGUGUGAUCAUGUGUAACUCUUGCCUAAUGUAAUUUGUAUCACUAAAUGAUUGUAGAGAGGAGGACUGGUUAAGUAAUCCACUGCCAUGAAGAAAAUACUCAACAGCACCAGUUUAAAAAGACCCCAAAAGAAUAGUUGCGUUUGUAUUUAAUGUAUACCCAUUGACAGCUUAACUACCGGUAAGAUUUGGGAAUAGUCUUAAAACAACUAUAAUUAACCAAAACAAUCAAAACAUGAACAAUUUGUGAAUCUGAUCUAAAAUAAAUGUGACGCAUUUUGAAAGCCAGUGAGCUUCACGCAUGUUGACUAUUUGCCUUUAGUCUAAGUCUAAUUAAGGGCAAUUUAUUCGGUUUAUUAGCAAAUUUGCCAAAGUACACAACACACUGUUAUAACCGGGGAGCCGGUCAGGCCUAUGCAUAUUCAAAAAUAAUUAGAUGCAUUAUAGCUAUUGAAAACAGACUGUACAGUAUCUGUAAUCUCGUCAUAAGCCAUAGUAGAGGUAGGAUACAAAUAUAUGUGUUCUAUCAAUAUCUGCACAUGUCAUCAGUGUAUGGUGUUUUAACUAUACGUCCCUGUUCGGUUUUAUGUCCGUGGGUUCAGCAUGAUGAAAACGUCCUUUUGUUAGCUUGAAGGAAUUGACACAUUUAUUCCCUCAUUUGUGUCAUCUUUUAGCCUGAAUAUUGCCACAAAGGAACAAUGUUGCUUGUCUGUUUAGCACGUGGGGAAAAGGGAAACCUUUUGUUCUCAUUACUUCCAUUUUAAAGCCGAUGUGUACGAUGUAACUCAGUGUGUCCUUUUGGUUCAUUUUAGGCAUGAUUGGCAUUGUCUGUUGACCGUCUCAUCCUUAAAGAUAUCAUCUUUGUUUUUUUUUUAUCUGUCACUGCGGAUAUUGUGCCAUCAUUUUGCUAAAUAUUUCAUUGUUGAAAAAGUUGAGUAUGAUUUUUGGCUAACAUCAAGUAUUGGAGUUUUGUGUUUUACCUGUGGGACACAGGUAUGAUUAUCUCGGUACUUAACAUGUUGUUACAAACAUGGUCUCUUCUCUUCUGUGAAGUUGUUAUAAAACUGUAAAAUGUGUUCUCCUUUAAAGUGAUGUGUCCCGUUACAGACUUGUCCUCUCGGCGUUCAUUUCUCUUCCCGAACAAGUGUGGUGGAUGCUUCAAAUGUGUACCUUGCACUGUUGAAUAAAACAAUCUAAACCCUC